AUAUGCCAUUUUCUAAUAAUGCAAACAAAUUAUUUAGCCAUCACAUACCAAACCUGUUUCUCAACUCAACAAUCAACAAAAACCCACUCUUUCCAAAAUCUUAUCUUCAAUUUCAUAGUUUUGUUGCAGACGCCAACACCAAAAAUCAGAUGGGAAGUAACAUAGCAUUAUACAUCGUCGUUUCAGUCGUUUUCUUCGCCAUCUCGAAGAUCGUUAUGGCAGUCCUGUGCUACCGACGCUGGAAACGAAGGCAAAUGCUCAUCCAAGACAGUUUCAGAGGAGGGAAACUAGUGCUGUUCAGAUCUCCGGGGAUUAAACCGGAUGUGUUUCUGAAGAAGACGAUGAAGCUCAGCAACAAGGAUAUCAUUGGAUCAGGUGGCUUUGGGACGGUUUACAAGCUCAUCAUCGACGACUGCAUACCUUUUGCUGUUAAGAGACUUAACAGAUUAGGCGACGCAGCAGAUCAAGACCGCGGCUUUCAGAGAGAGCUGGCGGCCAUGGGAGACAUCAAGCAUCGGAAUGUAGUAAGCCUUCAUGGUUACUACACUGCUCCUCACUAUCAUCUUCUCAUCUACGACCUCAUGCCUAAUGGCAGUUUGGACGCACUGCUUCACGGAAAAUUUUCAGGAAAGUCGAUAAACAAGAUGCCUCUUGAUUGGUGUACGAGAUACAAAAUAGCAGUUGGAGCAGCGAGAGGGAUAUCUUACCUCCACCACGAUUGCAUUCCUCACAUCAUACACCGGGAUAUCAAGUCGAGCAACAUAUUGCUGGAUCAUAACUUGGAGGCCCGCGUCUCCGAUUUUGGACUAGCUACCCUGAUGGAGCCGGACAAAACUCAUGUUUCGACUUUGGUAGCAGGAACUUUCGGAUACCUGGCUCCUGCCACAGCAAAAGGAGAUGUCUACAGCUUCGGAGUUGUAUUGCUAGAGCUUCUAACAGGGAAAAAACCAACAGAUGAGACAUUCAUUGAGGAGGGAACUAAGCUGGUCACCUGGGUAAAGUCAGUAGUGCAAGAUAAGAGAGAAGAGUAUGUAAUCGACAGCAGUUUGGUUGAUUUUCCGGUUGAAGAAGCUAAUAAUGUAUUUAGUAUAGCACUGAUGUGUCUCGAGGCAGAGCCAACCAACAGGCCUACUAUGGCAGAAGUUGUGAAGAUGCUAGAGCAGAUAAAACCAGAAGCUAUCAAAUAAGAACUUGCAAUUGUGCUUCGAUUUUAUACUAAAUAGAAAAUACAUAAUAAUAUGUUAUAUGCAUGUCAAAACUCAA